AUGUAUGAAGAAGUUAAGAAUAUGGCCCAAAAAAAACAAAUCCAGGUAACCUUUAUGCUAACUGGUGAUUGUGGCUCUAGGGAAAAUAGAAGGUACAAAGUAUACAAUCAACUAGCCAGAGCUACGAAUGGAGAAGUUUUUAACUUGAUGAAGAGUGAUAUUUUAGACAUAUUAGAAUACGUGAAAGAAAACACCAAAAGUAGAAGUGAUAUUAUUGCAUCGAAAAUAUUUCCGCCCGGGUAUGGUAAUAAAAUUGAAUAUGCCGUUGACAGUAAAAUGAAUGACUUAAUCAUCUCUGUUACUGGACUUACACCAAAAAUCGAAGUCACUGACUCAGAAGGAAACAAGGUUGACAUAAAACAUAUCGUAAACAAAGAUGAAAUAGCAAUAAUGAAAGCAACUGACCUAAAGCCUGGUGUAUAUGUAGCUGACGUUGGAAGUACCUCAGAGACAUAUGUGAAAGUCAUGGCGAAGACUUCUGUUAAUUUCUAUUAUGGGUUUUCCCCGUUCGAGACAAGUUCGUUGAGCGACACUGCAACUAGGCCCGCCCCAGAUGGGGAAUCGUACUUAUCAAUUAAAUUACAAGGAGAAGGAGUGAAACUUGAAUCAGUCAAAAUAUUCGAUAUGGACGGUAAUAUCUUGGAAGAAUUACCGUUACGGUUAAACAACGAGAAAGAAAGAUUAUAUGUGACAAAAUCUUUUCAUCCACCUAACAUAGCAUUUCAACUUUCGGUGUUUGGCUAUGUUGAAGAAAAUAAAAGUAGUAUUAAGAGAACUUCAUUAACGCCGAUUGAGCGACAAAGUGAAAUCGUUGGAUCUGCAGUAAAUGUGGCCCCUUCAGUAACAAUAAUAGAGGGUGCAAAACUUUUUGUGGACUACAGAACGCCUUUACAGGUGAAAUGUAAAGUACACGGAUAUCCAAAACCUGAUAUAACUUGGCAAGAAAAGGACUCUGGAGUUACUACUGGACCAUCUAAAGUACUUGUAAUAGAAGCUCCAUACGAUUAUAUGAGUAUUCUGCAUAUAGAGAAACCAAAUAAAAAUAUCACUUAUGAAUGCAAAGCUCAGAACACUCUUGACACGAUUAAAAGCAAUAUUCAAAUUGAGACAAAUGUAUAUUUUAACGUUCUUGAAACCCCACCAGAUACAGUCGAAAUAGAAUAUGGCAAAGAGGGCAAUAUCCGAUGUAUUAUAGAUGCUUCCCCACCAGCAAGUAUAUCGUGGCAGUAUAAUGGCAGCCUAUUGUCUAAUGGCACUGAUAUUGUUAUAUCUCCUGACAUGCAAACUGUGACAAUAAAACAUGCAACUCUUGAAUCACAGGGAAUAUUUAUAUGUGAAGUUAAAAACGAGUACAAUACGAAGUCAUUUUCUUCAAAAGUUUCUGUCAUUGGAUUAGAAAAACCACAAAUUGAUAAACCAGAUGAGAAAAUAAACGUCGUAAAAGGAGCUGAUGUUCAGCUUACAUGUCGUAUUCUUCGUGGAACGCCAAAGCCAACCAUGCAGUGGAAUUACCAGAACAAGGCGAAAAAUUUAAAAGAACUUGAGGAGAUUAACGAAGCUCUACUGUUGAAGAAUGUAACCGUCGACGACGAAGGCAAAUACACGUGUAACGCCAGCAAUAUAGUGGGAUCACAAAGUUACACAAUAGAUGUGAUCGUAGAAUAUCUACCGACAAUCAAAGAAGAUGGAAUCAAAAUGAUUGAAACUAAAGACAGCGUUGAAGUAACUUUACCUUGCAACGUUGAUGGUUUACCCACUCCUACAGUGAGGUGGCUAAGAAAUGGUACAAUACUGCACAGCUCGAAGAAUAUUUUAACAACCUCCGAUUUCAGUCUCAAAAUUAGAAGAAUAGACGUGUCAGAUACUGGAUCCUAUACUUGUGAAGCUGAAAACCAUCUUGGUUCUACUAACAAAUCCAUUGAUGUUUUAGUAUUUGACAAACCGGUAAUCGAGAAACCAGUCGAGAAAAUACGUGCCGUAAAGGGAACUGACGUUCAGCUUACAUGUCGUACUCUUCGUGGAACACCGAAGCCAUCAAUACAAUGGCAUUUCCAGCACAAGACGAAGAGUUUAAAAGAACUUGAGGAGAUUAACGAAGCUCUACUGUUGAAGAAUGUAAGCGUCGACGACGAAGGCAAAUACACGUGUAACGCCAGCAAUAUAGUGGGAUCACAAAGUUACACCAUAGAUGUGAUCGUAGAAUAUCCACCGUCAAUUAAAGAAGAUGGAAUCAAAAUAAUCGAAACUAAAGACGGCGAUGAAGUAAUUUUACCUUGCAAAGUCGGUGGUUCACCCACUCCUACAGUAAGGUGGCUAAGAAAUGGUAUAAUACUGCACAACUCGAUGAACAUUUUAACAACCCCCGAUUUCAGUCUCAAAAUCACUGCAAUAGGUGUAUCCGACACUGGAUCUUAUACUUGUGAGGCUGAAAACCAUCUUGGCUCUAUCAAAAAAUCUGUAGACAUUAAUGUCUUUGACAAACCGGUAAUCGAGAAACCAGUCGAGAAAAUACGUGCCGUAAAGGGAACUGACGUUCAGCUUACAUGUCGAAUCACUGCAAUAGGUGUAUCCGACACUGGAUCUUAUACUUGUGAGGCUGAAAACCAUCUUGGCUCUAUCAAAAAAUCUGUAGACAUUAAUGUCUUUGACAAACCGGUAAUCGAGAAACCAGUCGAGAAAAUACGUGCCGUAAAGGGAACUGACGUUCAGCUUACAUGUCGUACUCUUCGUGGAACACCGAAGCCAUCAAUACAAUGGCAUUUCCAGCACAAGACGAAGAGUUUAAAAGAACUUGAGGAGAUUAACGAAGCUCUACUGUUAAAGAAUGUAAGCGUCGACGACGAAGGCAAAUACACGUGUAACGCCAGCAAUAUAGUGGGAUCACAAAGUUACACCAUAGAUGUGAUCGUAGAAUAUCCACCGUCAAUUAAAGAAGAUGGAAUCAAAAUAAUCGAAACUAAAGACGGCGAUGAAGUAAUUUUACCUUGCAAAGUCGAUGGUUCACCCACUCCUACAGUAAGGUGGCUAAGAAAUGGUACAAUAUUGCACAACUCGAAGAAUAUUUUAACAACCCCCGAUUUCAGUCUCAGGAUAAGUGAAAUAACGGUAUCAGACACCGGAUACUACAUGUGUAAGGCUGAAAACCAUCUUGGUUUUAGUAACAAAUCCAUUGAGAUUUUUGUAUUUGAAAAACCAGCAAUUGACAAACCAAAGGAGAAAGUACGUGUCGUAAAAGGAACAGAGUUUCAACUGACAUGUCGUAUUCUACGUGGAACGCCAAAGGCAACCAUGCAUUGGUCCUUCGAGAGCCGGAAAUCAAAGAAGUUUAAAGAACUUGUGGAGACUAACGAAGUUCUACCAUUAAAGAAUGUAAGAAUUGAGGACGAGGGCAGAUACACGUGUAAUGCAAGCAACUUAGUGGGAUCACAAAGUUACACAAUGGAUGUGACCGUAGAAUAUCCACCAACAAUCAAAGAAGACGGAAUCAAAAUGAUCCAAACUUUAAACAAUGAUAUUGAUGUAACUUUACCUUGUAACGUCGAUGGCGUACCCACUCCUACAGUAAAGUGGGUACGAAAUGGUACUACACUACACACCACUAAGGAUAUUUUCACAACCAGCGAUCACAGUCUCAAAAUCAGAACAAUAAAGCUGUCCUACACUGGAAUUUACACUUGUGAAGCUGAAAACUAUCUUGACUCUGCUAGCAAAUCUAUUAUUGUUUAUGUAUUUGACAAACCGGUGAUUGACAAACCAUACGGAGAAACACGUGCUCCAAAAGGAAGUGACGUUAAGCUUACGUGUCGUAUUGUUCGAGGAACGCCAGAGCCAACUAUGCAAUGGUAUUUCCAGCAGCGGAAAGCAAAGAAGUUUAGAGAAAUUAAGGAUGAUACUGAAGCUCUACUCAUAAAGAAUGUAGGCCUCGACGACGAGGGCACAUACAAAUGUAACGCCAGCAACAUAGUGGGAUCUCAAAGUUACACUAUGGAUUUGGUCGUGGAAUAUCCACCGUCAAUCAAAGACGACGGUAUCAAAAUGAUCAAAGCUUUAAAUGGUGAUGCAGUAACUUUAGCAUGUAGUGUUGAUGGCGUACCUACUCCCACAGUGAAGUGGGUAAGAAAUGGUAUGACACUGCAUACCUCGAAGGACAUUGUGAUAACCAGCGAUCACAGUCUCAAAAUCAGAACAAAGCUGUCAGACGAUGGACUUUACACUUGUGUGGCUGAAAACUAUAUGGACUCUAGUAGCAAAUCUAUUAUAGUUAAUGUAUUUGAAAAACCGGUAAUUGUUAAACCAUACGGAGAAACACGUGCUCCAAAAGGAACUGACGUUAAGCUUACGUGUCGUAUUGUUCGAGGAACGCCGGCGCCAACUAUGCAAUGGUAUUUCCAGCAGCGGAAAGCAAAGAAGUUUAGAGAAAUUAAGGAUGAUACUGAAGCUCUACUCAUAAAGAAUGUAGGCCUCGACGACGAGGGCACAUACAAAUGUAACGCCAGCAACAUAGUGGGAUCUCAAAGUUACACUAUGGAUUUGGUCGUGGAAUAUCCACCAACAAUUAAAGACGAUGGAGUCAAAAUGAUCAAAGCUUUAAACGGUGAUGCAGUAACUUUACCGUGUAGUGUUGAUGGCGUACCUACUCCCACAGUGAAGUGGGUAAGAAAUGGUAUGACACUGCGUACUUCAAAGAACAUUGUUACAACCAGCGAUCACAGUCUCAAGUUUAAAGCGAUUAAGGUGUCCGACUCUGGCUACUACACUUGUAAGGCUGAAAACCGUUUUGGUCCUAGUAUAAAAACUAUUUUGGUCUACGUCUUUGAAAAACCAGUAAUUGUUAGACCAGUAGAGAAAAUACGAGCCGUGGAAGGAGCUUAUGUACAACUUAUAUGUCGAAUUAGUCGUGGAACACCGAAGCCAACUAUACAGUGGCACUUCCGGGCACGAAAAGCGAAGAAGUUCAGAGAACUUAAGAAGAAUAAAGAAACUUUAUCGUUUAAAGAUGUAAGAGUCGUCAACGCCGGCACAUACAUGUGUAAUGCCAGCAAUAUAGUGGGAUCACAACAUUAUACUAUGGAUUUAACUGUUGAAUAUCCACCAACAGUCAAAGACGACGGAAUCAAAAGAAUCAACGCCAAAGACGGUGAAGAUGUAACUUUACCUUGCAAUGUCGACGGUGUACCCACUCCUACAGUAAAGUGGCUCAACGGUUAUACAACACUACGCAGAUCGAAGAAAUUUUUAACAACUUCUGAUAACAGUCUUAAAAUUACAAGAAUACAUGUGCCCGAGACUGGAUAUUACACUUGUCAGGCCAAAAAUCAUCUAGGCACUAGUAAAAAAACAGUUUUUGUAUUUGUGUUUGUUCCACCUAGUAUAGAAAAACCCAAAGCUAGCACAAUCAAUCUAAUGGUUGGCAGGGACUUGAUUUUAUCGUGCCACGCCGAUGGAUAUCCGGAGCCACAAAUUAAAUGGCUUUUUAAGGAAUUUGAUACAAGAGCAACACCUAGGAAUUUACGAUCGAACGAUAAAACCAAGGGGUUUAGUCUACCACGUGUUCAACUAAGAGAUCAAGGAAAUUACACAUGUGAAGCGAGUAACAUUGGUGGAACGACGAAUAUUACUUACAUAGUUAAUGUUUAUGCUCCGCCUAUAAUACAGAACCCGUAUGCAGUCAAGAUAUUUACAUGUGUAAAGGGGGACUUGGGAUUAAGAAUCCAGUGCAAAGCAGAGGGCUACCCAAAACCUUCAAUCGUUUGGAAAAAAGAUAACUUAAACAUAGUUUCUGAUUCUAAAUGGUAUGACAUUGAGGAAGGGGCUCUGAUAAUAAAAAAUAUUGAGAAAAGACAACAAGGGACUUAUACUUGUUUAGCUACAAAUAUAAUGGGAUAUGAUAGCAGUGUGUAUACUGUGAUUGUCAAUGACUACCCAAUUGUACCUAAGAUUGAAUCCCCAAUGCUUAUUCGCCCAGGUUCUUCUUUAGAUGUUCCUUGCAACAUAAAACACAAAAGUACUGACUCUAUGCGUUGGUACAAGGAUUCAAGACUUAUAGCGUAUGGAAAACUUACUCUCAAACACAUUUCAUAUCUAGAUAGCGGCAUUUACUCAUGUCGUGUCGGCGAUAUGUGGGAAUCAAGUUCGGCACAUGUAGAAAUAAAAAUAGGAUUUAAACCUUCUUUUUAUAAAAAGGAGACGGAGACAAUACAAUUUGAAAAAGGAAAAUUUUAUCCCUUGAGUUGCUUAGCAAGAGGGCAACCAGAACCGAAGGUAACUUGGAAGCACAAUGGAAAAACAUUGAGUGUAUCUAGUAUGAUUUACACUAUAGAAAUGACUCUAAGCAAUAGAGGAAACUUUACUUGUGAAAUCAGCAACAGCCUUGGAACCAUCAAACGCUCAUUUCGAAUUAUAUCUCAAGACUGCAUACUCGAAAUAAAAAAAGACUUUCUACGUAAGAACCAACCUAUGAUGCUAACUCCACAUAUGGAGUGGCCAUUAUUCCCCAUCGAAGACGGUUUUAUGCUUAUAGAGACCGGUGAACCCUUCUAUUUAUACUGCCCGGCAAAUUUUGUUAUAUUACGUAUGAAUUUUAUAAGGGUUUUUUGCGCUGGAGAAACACAAAUAAAAAUCAACGGAAAAAUAUACGAAUUCUCAGAAAUUGAAUGCACAGAAGAAAUAAAGCCAGAUCUUAUCAAAAGAACAAACCCUUGCUUAUUUGGUAAUGGGGUGAAUGUGGAAGUAGGAUAUAAAAUUUUUAAUCAGUACAAUGUAUCUACAAAUAAAAAUGUCUGGUGGCCUACCUACUUUUCACCUUAUAACUUCGAUACGAUAUAUAACUGCGAAACUCAAACUUAUGUUAUAUCCUCGAUACUGAAAAGACCUUUUCAUUAUAAUGACAAAUGUUGCUUUGGUAAAAGACAACUAGUAAGUCCUAUGGACUUUCUGCCUGGUAUACCUGCAAGUACAGCCUACACGUAUUUGAACGUUGUACCGCACUGGAGUACGUGUAAUUCAAAAAAUUGGGCUGAACUUGAGCAAAAAGUAAGGAGCUUAGCUAAAUUAUUAAAUACAAAUUUAACAGUAUUAACAGGAACAGUGGAACCCCUUCAAAUGAAAAAAGGUAGAGUUUAUAGGAAGAUCGCAAUCUAUGACGAUCAAGGUAAAAAGCUAAGCGUCGCGCAGUACUUGUGGAAGGUGGUCCAAGAUCCAGAGUCGGCAAGUUCUCUUGCUAUAAUACAAGUCAAUGCUCCUGAUUUAUCGCCAAAAGAUAUUCCUAUAUUCACACGCUGUAAAGACAUUUGUGAAGAGAUUGAGUGGAUGAAGGGCACCAAUUGGCGGAAUGUGGCAGAUGGUUAUACGUAUUGCUGUUCAAUACUCGAAUUCGAGACAACUUUUAAUUAUAGGGGAGAGUUCAGUCGUGGUAAAACAGGUGUUUUAAAUAUGCGGUCAGAUACACCAGCUUACCCAGAUUACUCAGAUUACUAUUAG